UGUUUUGAUCAAACGAAAAUGAUAACCAAGAUUUCUAGUAAAUUAUAUAUGAAAUCUAGCUCAUAUUAACGUGCUUUGGUGCUGUCCCGGGCCGAUCAAAUCAAAUUGCGUGUGGCCAAAAUCGUGCAAGAGUUGUUUCGCAUUGUUUGUUACUCGGGGAGGGGUUUACGGUUGUUUUACGAGAGCGCGAACCUAGCCCUUCCUGUCAGAAGCACAUUACAAUACAGAGCCUUUGGUGUACAACUACGAUCUGAUAUUUUGCAACGACGGGGCGCCACUGCAGGGAUAAGCAAAUAUUCACGAGAUCUUUUAUGCGGAGGAACUGGAACGAUUGUUAAAGACAGUCUCGAUGAAGAAAUGAAAAUGUUUUACAUGGCUUGAACUAUGAUCUGUGGUCGUUUCAUCGACAGUGUUGCCCGAACAUGCUUGUCAAUAAACCAGAUGAAUGGGUCCGGAUAGCUUUGCAACGCUUCCAAGUUCAGCUUCCGCAUGAGAGAACACCUGAACACAAUGAAUCAAAAGAGAGCAUUGAGAAAAUCCAGGAGACUCUCAUCACUCUCAGUGAACAAAGGUUUCCACUGGUUAUGCAAGGACUUACUAAGCUGAUUAAAGAACCUGCCUUCAUUAACUCUUUUCCAUCAGAUAAGAAAGAUAAGAUUGGAGAAUCCAAUGUUAUUGUACUCAGUACAAUUGAAAAAUGUCUUUGCAAAUAUCCUGAGCAAUGCUCACGGCUUGAGGAUGAUGUUUUAUCUAAACUCCUUCCAAGUAUUAUACAGUAUGUGCUACAAACAUUUGAUUUUCCCCAUGCAACCGAAGUUCAGAAAAUGGCAGCCAAAGUCGUAUCACAUGUUAGCUCCUAUCACUUCUCGGCAAUAUUCAAUAAAGUUUCAUUCAGUUGUCCUGUUCAGACUUCACCAAUUCAAGUGGAUGAUGGAAGUAAUGAUGUGAAUUACCUCAUCCUGAUACGAUAUCUUAAACUAACCUCAUCUUCAUUGGUCAUUCUGUUAGAAGAGUGUUUGGAUACAUUUAAAUCACUGAAGAAAUCCGCAAAGAUGACGUUAAUAUCUUCAUUGGAAAAGGCAAUUUGGAAUUGGAUCAAAUACAACGCGGAGGAAUUUGCGAAGGUUCAAAGAUCCCCUUCGAAAAAACUCUCAGAACUGUGUGACAGCCUUUUUGAAAUCUUGGUUUCAUUUGCCGAAAGCACGAAACGCAAAGUGGCCGCUUGGCCGUUACAGAUUAUGCUCCUAAUGCUUAGCCCGGACACGUUAAAAGCAAUUGCAUCAGGGGAAAAACAACAGGAUGCCCAUCUAGAAGUUAAGAGAGAAUUUCUGGAGAGUUUGAAGACGGCGUUGACUAGCGCAAAAGGACUAACAGAGAGUUCUGCCAUUGCUUGUGUGAAGUUGUGCAAGUGUGCAACUUAUGUACGACCUGAAGAUAACUCCGUGUUAUGUUUCCUUGUGUUGACUGUCAUGAACGAGCUCAAGGCUCUUCUCUUCAACACAAGUAAACCGUUCACCGUUGCAUCACAAAAUGCGAUUCCUGUUGAGACACUGAUGGUCGAUUGCUUCGUCUCCAGUUUCCGAAUUAACUAUCGGAACAGCCAGCAUUUUGAUAUUUGCCUGGUGCCCACAGCACCCGUCAUUUUCAGCGUUGUGUAUGUCCAAGGAUUAUACACCAUUGUUAGACAGAAACCUUUAAGUUGGUGGCCGACGUUAAAAGUCAUGUACUCCAAGGCAGAGUCCCUUAGAAAUUUAUUCGAGAGAACGCUGGAGAAAUUUCGUGGGCUUGAAAAUGGUCAUGGUGCUUCACGGAUGAGCGUGCUUUACAAACCUCGGGAAAUCAAGCGAGGAAAAGAUGAAGAAAUUGGAACACUGAAGGCAGAAAAGGAGCUACUGCUGUGGUUGGUUCGUCUUUUCCGAGUGGAACCAGCUUUUGCUUUUUCUAACACACAAACUAAAGGCAUUGAAGUUCAUCAAAGUUCAAAUAAGCUAUUGCUUGGUCUUGUCCAUUUAAUACUUUCUUCAAAUUUUGGCAAAGAAGUAUCACAGGAGGCGUCCCAGACACUAUUGACAUUGCAUUCGCCUGAAAAUGUUCAGCUGUGGAACCCCGCCGAACCCAUCUACUCCUUCUGGGAAAUAAGUUCGGAGUGUGUUCAUUCCAUUGGGGAUGCGCUUGUGAAUCAUGGCACGAAAGAUUUAUGGUUGUUGAAAUAUUUGAAGAAGUUGAUGGCUUGUAGAGAUGAGUUCAUUCAAAACAAUAAGGAUGACCCUAAUUUCUCCUGUCACUCACUAGUUACGUCUUCAGCAAGAGUCAAACUCGAGGAAGUGUUUUUGCAGUUUCUGUGGAAUCCGGACGCAGAAGCCAUCAUCACAGCGCUGUCUUGUCUAAAAUUUCUGUGCACCGAAAUUUACAGCAUCUCAAACACGAGCAUGGAUAAUAUCGCUCAGAUGAAUCUUGUUACGUCCAUAUUUUCCGUGUAUGAAGAACUCGCGAAUCUUGCUAAUGGCAUUUCAACAGGUCGUCUCGCUCUUCAAAAGCGAAUCAUGGGAAUCUUGCGAAAAGUCAAGGUUCAAACGCCGGGCAACAAACUAGCCUGGGACGGAACCUAUUUCAGAUGGAAGAAGCUCACGCAUGCGCUCAUCAAUUUUCCCAAAGAAGAAAUUCCCGGCGAGCCUGCGCAAUCUGCAAAGAGCAUGCGCAGACGCACGACAAGAUUUAGCCAAUCUGGCAAAAUAUCUGCAGAAAGUAUCGAGGGUUACAUCAACGAAUGGAACUAUAUGACUGGAUUUCUUUGUUCGCUUGGAGCAGUUUGUUUUAAGGAGAAUCCUGAAUUAAGUCGCCGUAUCAGCAGAUCAAGAUCAGCGGGAAAACUGAACCGUCAACCAUCGGUUUCUCAACCCGAAGAAACAGAGACAGUCAAAGGAUUCGUUUGUGAACUAUUACGCCUCAGUGUAUGUACCAACGAACACAUUGGGACGAAGAUACGGCUUAUUAUCAAGGAUCUGAUUGGCCAAGAGUUGAGUUCGGCUUUGUAUAGUGCUUUAUUUAAAGAAAUUCGCCGGGAUUUUGAAGAAUUUUUCACAGCUGGUGGCCAGGUUAUUGUCCAAGACAUCCAUACUUGCUUUGUCGAUCAGGUUAUUGCGAUAAUGAAGCACAUCUUGGAGAACAAAAAUGCUGUUGCGGUUGAGUGCUUCAAAAUGGAAGUCAUUGAACCAAUUAUCAUUUCAAUUGUAAGAUACACUAGAAAUCUAAAACCAUUCGUUUCUCGUUCUUUGAUUAUAAAGUCAAGAAUUUGUCAAUUAGUCGUCACGCUCAUGAGUCAUCGUGAUGAAGUGUUAUUUUUUCAAGAAAUUAAAUUUCGAAAUAAAUUAGUAGAAUAUUUAUCGGACUGGGUUGCUCAUGCGUCGAACGACGAGACGGAACUACCAUACGAAAUUACGGUUAAUUCACGAUACCUGGACGAAUGCGCCAUGAAGGCAAUUGCUCAGCUUCUUAUCGCUCUUCCACUGCAGCCUGAAGCCACAGAUGUUGACAUCAUGGAAGCAAAAUCCGAAUUGUUUCUCAAAUAUUUCACACUGUUUCUCAACUUGCUGAGUCGUUGUGUUGGGCCUGGUGAAGACCACAAUGACGCUACUCUGGAGAAGAAGCGUCAAAAGAGUAUCUUAACAUAUCAUGACAACUUACAUCAGUGCACCGUGGCCGCCAUGUCGAACCUGCUCAGCGCCAAUAUCGAUGCUGGUCUAACUCAUGCUAUUGGUCUUGGCUAUCAUCCCGACCUUGCUACAAGAGCGAUCUUCAUGGAAGUUUUAAUGAAAAUCCUCAAUCAAGGAACAGAAUUCGAUACGCUGGCGGAAACAGCCACUCGUGAUCGCUAUGAGCAGCUUGCAAACCUAAUGGCGACCAUGGGUGAAAAGGGAGAACUCCUAUUGGCUGUGGCGUUAGCCAAUGUCGUGCCGUCAAAUGAACAGGAUGAUUUAGCGCAGGUUUUGGUAACUUUAUUUGACGCGAUGAAUAUCUUGUACCAGUUUCUGUGGAAUAUACUCUCUCAAGAGGUCAGGAACUGCGAAGGUUACCACGUCCUGUUUCGAGGCAACACGCUGGCAACUAAAGUGACCACGUUCUGUUUCAAGAUCUUCGGUACCAACUACAUCCACUACCUCCUUGGUCCGCAUAGACCUUUGCUUAAACAGGAAAAUCUUAACACCACAUUUGAACUCGAUCCAAGCAGGCUGGAAGAGGGAGAAAGUUUGGAGGAAAAUACCCAAAACGUAAUCAAUUUGGCUGAGAAAUUUCUUACCCAUUUUUAUGAAUCUCUCGACAAUUUUCCAAAUGCACUGAAGUUACUUUGUUACUGUCUAAAGAAGGUUGUUAGUCAAAGAUUUCGUCAGCACAAAGCCGAGGCUGUCGGCAGCGCCAUAUUCCUUCGUUUCAUCAAUCCUGCGAUAAAUUCCCCACAAAUGCUUGGUAUUGUGGAUCAUCCUCCUCCGGAAAAUAUUAGAAGAGGUCUGAUGUUUUUGUCCAAGAUUCUUCAAGUUUGGCCAACAAUAUGUUGUUUACAAAGAAAACAUAUGGAACCUUUGAAUGGCUUUUUGAAGGAAAACCUCACCAAAACGCAGCAGUACUUCGAGAAAAUCUCGUUGCACCGUCCUUCGCUUAAACAGGAUGACAGAGAUGUUUAUUCAUUCGUCAGUGAUGCGAAUAUUCUCUCACUUCAUCGCAUGUUAUGGAGCAGUCAGGAAAAGAUCGGAUUAUACAUGGCUGCAAGGGGAGAAUUCAAAAUUUACGGCCGAGGGGUGUUUGAAAAGUUGACAACAUUGUUAGCUCGACUGGGACCGCCGGAUCCUCAGAGAUUGCAAAUUCAAAAGAAAUGGACAACUCAGGGAGGCUCGUCUGAUUUUGAGGAAUUCAUGGCACGUCACGCUGAUACAGGGGAGAGAGAUCUUGAGGAAAUCAAGAAUCUCAAGAUUUUCUAUCAGGAAGGGAGAUCAAAGAAUGGUAAUCCCGUGUUUUAUUUUAUUCCUCGACGAUUUAGAAAUGACAUAAUCAGCCCGGAUCGUUUAAUUUAUCACAUGCUGUUGAUGCUGAAAGCCUUACACGGUCAAGCCUGGGAACUGGUAUGUGACAUCACGCAGACAGCAAAGUCGAAUCAAAUGAAGGUUACAUCGUUAAAGAAUGGUAUAUCACUUCUCCCUGUCACAAAUCUUCAAACUGUUUAUGUUUACAACAUGAAUAGCGCCAUGAAGGAAUAUAUCAAAAUAAAUGAGAGGUUUUUUGCACCUUUUAAGCAUCAUAACCAAGUGAUAGUCAUCGACAAUCUGAGUAAAUUCAACGAUUACAUUUCACCGGAGGAAUUAGGAUUGCCAAGCUCGACUACAUCUUCAGAGAAGGAUUUAAAUAUUUUUAACGCCAUUAAAGUUCAUUAUAAAGUCUCAGUUUUUAUUAAGAUCGGGCCAAACUGCAUACAGAUUCAGACGUCAGAAAACACAAUUUUGGGCUACAGUUUCUAUAUCAAGGAUAUAUUUUAUCCAAACGAAAUCGAAGAUGUCAUCUCUCAAAGUACUGACGAUAAUCUAUUUUGGAUGAAGUUUAAGACAGCCGCGGGAAUCUUGUACAUGAGCAACGAAUCCGAUCAAAUAGUCCAGGCCGUCACACACCUAAAGAAGCGAUGGUUAAUGUCUCAACAAAACCAAACGGCUGCAACAAAGAAAAUUCUUCCCAAAGAUGUACCCGGAACUCUGUUAAACAUGGCAUUGCUCAACCUUGGCACGAGAGAUCCAAGUUUACGUUUGGCUGCUUACAACUUACUCUGUGCUCUUACGACUGUUUUUCAUUUCAAAAUUGAGGAGCGACUCUUUGAAGGAACUGGAUUAUGUAUUCCUGCAAACAACACAAUAUUCAUUGUUGGUAUAUCCAGCAAUCUGGCGAGCAAGGAACCACAUCUCACCUUAGAGUUUCUACAAGAAUGCAUAUCAGGUUUUAAGAAAUCCAACCACGAGCUGAAACAUCUUUGCUUGGAGUAUAUGGCACCUUGGUUUCCAAAUUUAUCACGUUAUUGCAAGACUAAGAAAGGAACAAAGCGUGCGCAAGUGAACGCAAUUCUUGAAGACUUAAUUGAACUGACCAUUGCUGAAAAAGGGGCCAUGUAUCCAUCAAUUCAAGCAAAAAUCUGGGGAAAUAUGGGAAAAGUCACGGAGUUAGUUGAUACCGUUCUAGAUAGUUUUAUUAAAGCCAGUACGGCAGGGGGACUGGGCUCAGUAAAGGCCGAAGUAAUGGCAGAUACCUCAGUUGCCUUGGCCACCGCUAACGUCAAUGUUGUGUCCAGCAAGUUCAUCAAUAGACUUUUGAUGUUGAUAAGAAAGACGUCGAUAACCCCAACACCGCGUCUUGAAGAACAUCUCAUGUGGGAGGACAUAGCGAUUUUAAGUCGAUAUCUUUUAAUGUUGUCAUUUAACGAUUCUCUCGAUGUUGCAAAUAAUCUACCUCACCUGUUUCACAUUAUCAUCAGUUUGGUAUGCAUGGGUCCCUUGUUCCUCAGAGCAACCGUUCACGGUAUUCUCAUCAAUGUUAUCCAGUCGCUGUCCACAUGUACAUCACUUGAGCUGCCAGAUGAAACGAAGCGUUUGUUGCGGCUUCGCAUGUCAGAGUUUUCUCUUCCUAAAUUUUAUCUUCUUUUUGGCAUUUCUCAAGUAAAGUCGGCCCCAGUUCGCGCAUUUCAGUCGUCAUACCGCGGCGGUAGACACAUGAUCAACCUGAGAGACUCGGAGAAAAUCCAUAUGACAUCCAUACAAACGAUUGCAAAUUCUCUUCUUGAAGUUGUUGAGGCAUGCAUGAAAGACAUUCCCAACUGUACGUGGCUGGAGACGUGGACGAAAUUGACAAUGGAAUUUGCUUUUCAAUACAACCCGCCACUCCAGGCCAGAGCUGUCAUCGUUUACGGCUGUGCUUGUAAAGAAAUUGAUGAUGCUCGAAUAAGAGAACUUCUACUUGUUUUUAUAAAGGCUCUGAAUGAUUUCAGUGAUGUUAGUCUUAUCGAGGGUGUCAUAAUGUGUUUCACUCGUCUCCUGACAAUCUUGGACAAAUCGUCGAGAUUCCACACGGCUUCGUUUUGGAUCGCUAUCGGUACUCUUCAACUGGCGGAAAACGGGCUUUACCCGGCUGGUCUAGCUUUGCUUGAACAGUCCUUGCUAACCCUGGAGUCGCAAGGUGCGUUCGAUAACGAGAGUGUUGACAAAGUCCUUCUGAAUUUCCGUAAAGAUCCAAGAAUGGAGUGGCAUUGCAAACAACUGGAUCAUAUCAUCGGCGUGGCCUUUGCGAACAAUUUUCAUUUUGCCCUUGUUGCUUAUCUGUUAAAAGGUUUACGUCAUGGCAGCUCAUCAACAAACACUCGAGCCAUCCGAAUUUUAAAUCUCAUGCUAAACAUCGCAGGAAAACAUCGAACAAAUCAUGUGAGAGAAAAAUUUGCUGUGUAUAAAGAAACAAUCCCUUAUCUUUCAGCGUUGUUAAUUGUCUCUGAUGAAAUCCGCGCUAAAUUACGUCCUGAUAGUUCUCUUCACGCCCGACCGAAAUCAAUCCCGAAGAGCCAGUCGUCAAUAACGCCACCAAAUUCAAUGCCUGUCAGUCCAGUUAUGAUAACGAUAGAAUCGCCCGUCUCUCCGGGACCUGCUCAAAUCUCCGAGGCUGAAACUGAAAUAUUUUUGUGGCCAGCUGGAGUUGAGAACCGAUUGCUGGAUCCGGGGGUGGUAAAUGACACGCAGACACAAGCUUUGUUGCUGACAACAUUGUCGACUUUAGUCCGACAUACAAAGGAUGAUGCUUUAGAGAAAUUUUUAUUUGAAGUCUUGGCGGAGGCAAGUCUCGUUUUUCCCAAAGUCUUUCCGGUUAUUUAUUCGUUGAUAAGCAGUAAGCUCGCGAUGGUCCUGGGUCACAGUCAGGAUGUUGGAUGUCUUCAAGCAGUCCAGACUAUCAUGCAGUCCACAAUUUCGCUAAACUUUGCCGAAAAGCAACUGGGAACAAACUUUUUGCAAGGAUUUGGAUUUGAUGGUUUUAGUCAAUUUGCUGGUCCAUUUUUUGACCAAGGGGAACUGCAGUAUGAAACUCGAGCGCAGAUCUUUGUUCGUUUCGCCGAAGGUGUUCUAGAGAGUUGUGGAGGGAUAUUGGACGACAGUUUAAGAGCCAGCUGUAUGUCUCUUGCUAAACCAGCUCCAGAGGUGGUGGAGCUUCCUCCGUUGCGUUCAAAGUCCUCCCUUUCAUCAUCGCUCACCUCGAUACCAGAUGAUCCUGCAUUGAAAGAAGACAUCUCCACGCCCACAAUGAAACGGAGUCUUUCGUCUCGAAGGAAGAGCACCAAGGAACGAAAAGAAAAGGACAGAAGCCGAAGCAAACGAUCUCUAACGCAACGUGUGGUGGAAAGAGAGUUAAAGAGGGCAUUGUCGCAUCGUAAUUCAGAUGUUUGAUACUUGGACCACUCAAUAUGGUGAUUAUAUCACAGUUAAAUAUUUUAGUGUUUUGAAUCUAAUGGGAAGUCUAAAGAUUUAUUAUCGAUUUUUUGUUACAAUUUGAAUUCAGUGAUUAAUGUACAGAAGAAGUUAACUGUGAGAGUGUGAGUAAUUUCACAAUAAUUUUCGAAUUUAGUAAAAUAUUAAUUCGGAAGACAUCACCGUUCCAAUAAUUCUAUUUUAACGCACCAAAGAAUAUACUAUAAUUUUUACGUAAUAUUCGUGGAGAAUUGUGAACAUCAAUUUUAUUCUAUCGUCCUAAAAACGAUAUUUUUAUCCUUAGUUAAAUUUAUUUUCAUCUCAAUUCAAAAGAAAGAAGGCUACGAAUAGAUUUAAGAAUAAAAAUGUAAUUUUGUAAUAUUUUUCAAACUUGUAUUAAUGUAUUGGAAAGGUCAUAAGGAAUAAUUUAUAUUUGCAAAAGA